AUGGGGUGGCUCUGGGGAGGAAACAAGAACAACGACGACCGGGAUCCAACAAGAUCCCUUGAUCCGACCCUCAAAGAAUUCCUCAACUCGCAACAACCACGACCCUACGUCCCCGCCCAGGCACCACCCGCAGCGCAACCACAACCACAAUCACCACUCCCAAAACCUUCUCCCUCCCCCCAAUCUUCUCCCAACAGGUCCCCCGCAGACACCAACGCCAAUGUAUCACCCAGCAACCCCAUCGUCCCCCCCGCCUCCCUCUUCCCGGACGGCCGCUACGCUCACCUCUGGUCGACCUACACGCCCCAGGACUCCAUCACCGCGACGACGAGCAGCCCGCUCGAACGGCUCGUGUCGGCGCGCAAAGACCGGCGCGAGCUCCUCUCGCGCGCCGCGCUCGAAAACUGCGCCUUCGAGCACGAACUGCAACAGACAUGCUUCACAUCCGGCUCGGCGGCGCAACGCGCCAAGGCGCGCAUGACCAUGUGCCGCGAAGAGACCAAGGCCUUCAACCGGUGCUACGCGCUGCAGGGCAAGUUCCUGCAGGCGCUGGGCUACAUGAGCCGGGCCGGGAGCAGCGACGACGACGAAGAGCGCAUCCAGAUGCACGCCGACAAGCUCUACCACCGCAUGAUGGAUUACGAGGCUGCGGUCGACCGCGCCAGGCGCAGCGGUACGCCGCAGCUGGUCGAGUUGGAGCCCGCGCUCGUGGAGAAGAAGAUCAGAGAGCUGCAGAUGCAGCAGGGGUUGGAGGAGCUGCCACCCCAUGAGAGGGAGUUGGCGGUCCGCGCCGCGUUGCAGGAGGCCAAGAUGACGUAUCUGUAUUCCGAGGAGAUGAAGGGGUAUGCGAGGGAGAUGGAUGGGAAGAGGAAGGAGAGGCAGAGAAGGUUGAGUCGCUUGGUCGGCGAGCCCAUCGGGAGGUUUGUCAUCCCGGAUCCGCCGCCGGAUCAGGCGUCAGGCGUCAGGCGUCAGGCGUCAGGCGUCAGGCGUCAGACAUCCGACUCCGCCCUACAGACCCAGGGCCUGCCGCUCUAG